AUGGCGGAGGAUCUUAUCCGUCUAUGCCACACCAUCACAGUCAUCGCACUAGUGCCACCAAUGCAGAUUCACCUCUUCGAAUCAACGUCGUCCAAACAAAUGGCACGCCAAAUGGGCAGACACAAUCUCGCCUUGUGCAUGGUUGCCAUGGACGAGUUGCGCAAGAGCUACAUCUCGGCAGAGGCGUCGUACAAACUCUUCGAGACCGCCAUCAACAAAGUCGACAACGCCCCGCCUCACCAAGAGCAUCAACCAUCUCCCGCAGCGCCCACGGCGUCAACUACACCGGACGGCACAAUGAAUAGCAACACCUUCGCCGACUGGCCAGACGGUUACGGCCUGGGCAGCGCCAACAUUAUAUCGAACAUGUGGAGCCCCUUGCCCGGCGCAUAUCAGGACGACGCCUCCAUAUCCGGAACGCACACCGAUGCAUGGCUGGAUAUUCAGUCGAUGGACAGACUGUGGACACUGGACGACUUCAGCCUCCCGUAA